CAUAACUGAAAAGUUUAGAACAGCAGUUAAUAUUUUCUCUUUCUCUCUCCUCUUUUCUUCUUCUCCAAGCCUAGGUUUCUUUAAUUUUGCUCGACUAAAAGAUCUUCAUCACUCCCUUGUUCUUCCCGUUUUCGUGAUUUGUUGUUUCUGAACCGAAGAUGUCAACAGCUAUUGAUCUUCCUUCUAAAGGUGGCUUUAAUUUCGACCUAUGUCGAAGAAAUGAAAUGCUAUUGAACAAAGGACUGAAAUCUUCGUCUUUCCUUAAGACUGGAACUACCAUUGUUGGCUUAAUCUUUCAGGAUGGUGUUAUUCUUGGAGCUGAUACCAGAGCUACUGAAGGACCAAUUGUGGCUGAUAAAAAUUGUGAGAAAAUUCAUUACAUGGCUCCUAAUAUCUAUUGUUGUGGAGCUGGUACUGCAGCUGAUACCGAGGCUGUUACAGACAUGGUUAGUUCACAGUUGAAGUUACAUCGUUUCCAUACUGGUCGUGAUUCGAGAGUGGUGACUGCUCUUACAUUGUUGAAGACUCAUCUUUUCGGUUAUCAAGGACAUGUAUCUGCUGCUUUGGUUCUUGGUGGAGUUGACAUUACUGGUCCACAUUUACACACUAUUUAUCCUCAUGGAUCAACCGAUACUCUUCCAUUUGCCACGAUGGGUUCUGGUUCUCUUGCUGCUAUGGCAAUAUUUGAAUCAAAAUAUCGUGAAGGUCUUACUAAGGAUGAAGGGGUCAAGUUGGUAACUGAGGCUAUUUGCUCUGGUAUAUUCAAUGACUUGGGUAGUGGAAGCAAUGUUGAUGUUUGUGUGAUCACAAAGGGACAAACAGAGUAUUUAAGAAACCAUCUAGCACCUAAUCCUCGUACUUAUGUUAGCGAAAAAGGCUAUACCUUCUCCAAGAAGACUGAAAUUCUGAUGGCAAAGAUUACACCAUUGAAAGAGCUGGUACAAGUUAUUGAAGGAGGAGAAGAAGCCAUGGAAGAAUAAGUGAGAAAAUCAUCUUCUAUUGUAUUACCGAAAAAGCAAUCUUCUAUUGUCUUCUAUUCCCAUCACUUUUUACUUGAAUUUAUACAGACCAAGUAAUCUUUGUUUCUUUCAAUCAUAAGAUAGUGGUGACUGUUUUAUUCGGAGUUUAAUAUGAAUGAUUAAAUC